AGGAGAAACUUUCCAAACUGAAUUUUCGUACCGUACAAAGCGUUGUUCCGCAAAUCUUUUAAUUUAUGCUAUUCAGCAAUUAACGCUCUACCGGCGCAAUAUUUUAUAACAUUUUUAUGAGCUAAAAUUUGUACGAUAUGUUGAAUGCAUUAGGUGUAAUUGUCUCAGGUAGACUGGUUCAAACUGAUUUCCAACAAAUAUCAGAAUCGAAGUUUUUAAUCAAUAUUCCUGAAGCUGAUAACGUAAAUCACGUGGUUGUUUUUCUAACUGGCACUACACCUUUCCCUGAGGGAACGGCCGGUGCUGUUUAUUUUAGCUGGCCAGAUCCAAAUGCACCGCCGACUUGGCAGCUUCUUGGAUAUAUUUCUAAUAGUAAACCUUCAGCUAUAUACAAAAUAUCCCAGCUAAAAAAGUUAGAUGAAAUUGUCCCGCAAAGCCCGGUGAAUGUUUUCGGCACAAACCUGCCUAUAUCACACAUUGCCCAGAUCGGAGUUUCAAUCGAGCCGGAAGCAGCGCUCAUACAGCAAACUCCAGCCACGGCGAGCUCUGAUACGUACUUUCAGUUUGGACAAAAAAUGAUUGAAAAUUUUUUCAACUUCGUAAGCAGCUUUUCGUUGACGCAAUCACAGAUGGUUCCAAACCCUAACGAAACGUUUGUGCCUUUGUCGACGGUACAAACUUGGUUCACAAACUUUCAACGCCGGCUGCAGCAGAAUCCGAAUUUUUGGAAGAGCUAAACUCUGGAUUGACUUCGCUAGUCACAUUACAGACCGUCAAAAGCCGACGCAAACAGGACUUUGAGCGGAUCCGAUCGAAAAAAUGAUGCGACUUACCUGCACACCUGUACGGAAGAGCAAUAGUGUAUUGUAUCGUCUAUUUGCAUUGGCUGUAUGUGAUGGUUUUCUUGUUAAGUACGUUAUUCUUAGUACGCUUUAAAAAUCUUUUCAUGCAUUUCGUCUGGGUUGAUACAUAUGAAAAAGUGA